GUAUCGUGUUUAAGAAGCGCGGCGGAGGCAAAGGCAAACCUAAGAGAAGAUCAGAAGAAGCGGAAAUGGUGAAGUUUUUGAAACCUAACAAGGCUGUCGUUGUUCUCAACGGCCGUUUCGCUGGGCGGAAGGCCGUGAUCGUAAAACAGUUCGAUGACGGAACUCGUGACCGUCCCUACGGCCACUGCCUCGUCGCUGGAAUCGCCAAAUAUCCGAAGAAGGUGAUUCGUAAAGAUUCAGCAAAGAAGACUGCGAAGAAGUCGCGUGUGAAGGCAUUUAUCAAGCUAGUGAACUACAACCACAUAAUGCCGACGAGGUACACUCUCGACGUCGAUCUCAAGGAUGUCGUCUCGGUCGAUGCUCUCCAGUCGCGCGACAAGAAGGUUACAGCUUGCAAAGAGACCAAAGCAAGGCUAGAGGAGCGGUUCAAGACCGGGAAAAACCGUUGGUUCUUCUCGAAGCUCCGAUUCUGAGUUGUUUUUCGUGUCAGGUUUUGUUACGUUUUUCCGAAUCUUUAGUUGAUGAAUGUUGAUGAUGAUAGACUGAUUAAUGCUAGUUUACUUGUAUCGAUUUUUGGUUGCAAAUCAAGAUACGUUUCAAGGAUUAGUUGUUUGUACCUCAUGCUUGUUUGUUGGAUUGGUUAUCGAUAUGAGUUUGUUCCUUUCAUCGUAUAA